GUGUUGUGAACAGUUGAAUGCUAGACGAGAUAACCGCAAGAAUUCAAGUUGUCAGCUGUAGGAAAUUAAAAGUUGCAGUAUCCUGGUUUUGAAUUCAUCCAGGUAUGACUGGCUUCAUCGGAAGUAUGAUAACUGACCCGAACACAGUGGCGGUGUUCCUGGGAGUUCUAAUUGUGGUAUGGGUUUUAUACCCACGGAAGAAGUUCAGGCUCCCUCCUGGACCAACCAACUGGCCCGUCAUUGGUGCCACUAUAGAGUUGAUGAGAUCAAAACAUGGCCUGAAAAUAUUCCAGCAAUUUUUGGACUGGAGUCAGAAAUAUGGGAGCAUCAUUAGAGUUAAAUGGAUUAUGGGGGAUAUGAUUAUCAUCAAUGAAAUCAAUGAGGCGACCGACGUCACCAGGUCGUCAGACAUGGCUGGACGGAUGCACUUCCACACGAUGGACAUCAUGACCGACGGUCGGAAGGAUAUUGGUUUUGCCGACUAUUCCGAUCGAGUUAAGUACCAGAGAAGAAUUGCCGGCUCCGCACUGAGAAACCUUCUUUUGGGAGGACGGCUUGAAACGUUGGUCCACGCGAGCGUCGAAAAGGGUAUGAAAGUAUUUCGGGGUAGAGCAAGGAGUAAGGAAGCAUUUGAUCCUCGUCCGCUUCUGACAUUACAAGUUUACAAUGUCAUAUGCGCCAUGUGUUUUGAUAAAAAUUUCGAGCUUGAAGAUGAAGAGUUCCAGACUCUUUACAAGGCUAACAGCGAGGCUACGGACAUCUUUUCUUCCGGGUUAAUGGUUGAUGUCUUCCCACCAGCGAGAUACCUGCCUCGGACAAAAGCCUUCAAGAGGGUACUGGAGUUGCUGGAAUUUCUCUCGAGACACAUUAUUGGAGAGGUUCAGAAACAUAAAGCAUCGUUUGACCCUGACAACUUGAAAGACUUCAUUGAUCACAUGUUGAAGGUAGAAAAAGAGGCGGAGGAUGAGGGAGACAAGACGAUCGCCCUGGAUGAAGUUCACUACAAACAAAUGGUUCAUGAUAUAUUCCUCGCGGGUUCUGAGACCACUUCUUCAACAUUGCUAUGGAUCCUGUUUCUAUUGGCUGAGUUCCCAGAUGUUCAGUCAAAGGUUCAAGAGGAAAUAGACGAGGUCGUUGGUUUAUCCCGCCUUCCGGGGACUGCAGACAAGCCGAAAAUGCCCUACAGUGAAGCCGUGAUGUAUGAAUGCAUGAGAUUUGCCACCACUGUUCCAUUAGGCGUUCCUCAUAGAGCCAUGUGCGACACCUCUCUUGGUGGCUAUGACAUUCCUAAAGACACAAUCGUCAUGAUAAACCAUCACGCCCUCCACAGGGAUCCAAAAGAGUGGAAAUAUCCCAAUGAUUUCAAUCCUAGCAACUUCCUUAAUGAAAACGGCGAGCUCCUGAAACCAAGAAGUUUUCUACCCUUUGGGUCAGGCAAGAGAGCUUGUUUAGGGGAGGCCAUCGCAAGGCCAGAAGUCUUUAUGAUAUAUACAGCCUUGUUGCAAAGAUUCGGCUUCAGAUUUGAAGAAGGCCGCACGCGGGAUCUGUCCUUUCAAAACAAAAUGCUACAAAUCUUGCCACAACCGUAUAAGGUGAUUGCAGAGGAGCGCCAAUGAAUUGCUGGAAACGCCCUUUUAUUUGGCUUAAACCGUAGAUAUGUUUUAUGAUAUUAUGUACAUUAUUUUUGUGUCGUCUCAUAUAUUUGUUUAUUCCUCCUUAGAUAAGAAGACAAAAUUUACAAUGAAUAGCAUAAACGCUUAGAAAUGAAAGUUAAAUGAAAUGACAUUAUGUGCAAAGUGUUACAUUUACAUGUACUAGUUAGGGUCGUAUACUAUGUAGCUAGUUAGUAUACCAUCCAGCAUUCUGCAUCAAUUUUCAGCAUAUGAAUGUUAUCGCUGUAGUCAAGAUGAUCAACUUGUUUCCCAAGAAGGGUUGCUGAGAGUUCGGAAUCAUCCAUGUUCCAGAGUGCGGCGAUGACAAAAGCGGAACAUUCACUUUCAAGUCGUUGCCAGAAUAAUCUCGAUUUUCGCUGAAAUCGGGACAAACGCAGAAGAAAUGUACAUGUGGAUCUGUAUACGUCUACGUAUUGUAGAACAGAAGAUUUUCGCGGCAUGAAAUUUUCGCGAAUGCCCAGCGAUGGACAUAUUCGCGGAGAAUAUCUUCGUGACUCAAUAUAUUUUUUUCCUCGAAUUAUUGGUCGUUCUAUCAUUGUUUUGCACCUCAGCUCAGUUUGUAGCUGUAACUUGGCUUGAGUGAGCGGUGUGAUCAAAGGAAACUUGCCGUGACCAGACUCUUUAUUUGAAAGACGCUACCGAAAUUAAGCUAAAUUAAUGCACUGGUAGAAAAAUGUAUCAUUAUCCAUAAUUGAGAUUCAUA